UGACCGCUCCCAGAUGAGACGAAGACUCACCCUCACCUGGACAACGGGGUACAGGUGAAGCGGACAUCCUCCGCCAGUUUCAAGCGAUAACCCAGAUCUGUGGGAAGUAUCCUCAACCAGUUUCUUUUUCCUUCUGUUUUGUAAUUUGUUUUCCUAGAAAGGAGGGAGGAUCCUGACCUGCGCAGCUCGCUGAGUGAAAACAACCGACAGACAACAAGCAGAGGACACAAAGUCCUUCUGAGGGACUUUUAUAUUUAUAUCCGCUAACCUCUGACAACAAACGGGGCAAGUUCACCGUAACGGAGACAGCAGUUCCCUGUAAUGGAGCGGUACGGUAACCUUGAUUUGGACCUGGAGUGUGAUGGAGGAGCUGUCUCUGCCGCCUUGACAUUACAAAAUCCUGAACUGUCUGCCAGCAAUGACAGUUUAACCAGCAAGUCAAAGGAUAAAUCAGGUGUGCUGGGUGGAUUACAGAAACUAUCUCCCAAACCAAGACAUGUGCAGAGGCCUUCGCAGGAUCUAAAGGACAUUUCAGCCAGUAAUGACAAUCUGUCUGAGGACACCAAUGCAAAGGAGGAUUUGUCCUCAACCGUUAAGAUCUCAGGCAGCAACGACAAUCUGCCUGUGAACAGCAACACUAAGGAGGCAGGUGGGAUGUUUAGCAGUAUGUUUAAAAAAUCCCCAAACCCUCAGGAGGAUUUUGCUGCACCAGAUGAUCUCUCUGGCAGCAAUGACAAGAACCACGCAAAGGAUGAUUUGUCUGUCGAUGAUGAACUCCUUGCUGGUAAUGACAGUGCCGGGGAGAAGUCUUCAAAAGGUGGCGUUGCAAAGGUCUUGAGGAGUCCCUUCACCUCCUCCUCUCAGGAUAAAGAAAAGACUGGCCACUCAGGAGACUCACAGGAGAACAGUUCUGCCACAGGGAAGCCCAAAACCAAGGAGAAUGAAAAGGAGGCAGGCUCAAUAGAAGAAGAUUCAACUGUCAGCAACAAGAAGUCAUCAGGCCAAAAGGAGAAUGCCGUGGUUGGAGCCAUGUCCAAACUGAUAUCUUUCCGCCAAAAAAAAGACACAGAAGAUGCAAAAACACUCAAGGAGAAUGAAAAACAAGUGGGAGAAAAAUUUAAUGCAUCACCCGUCAAAAGUAACAUGAACCAGUACGAAAGAAGGGAAAGGAGUGCAGCUAUCCUGGUCCCAUCCAGACCAACUCAGGAGGAGGUGAAGGGGACGUCGUCACAUGACAAAGUAAAACCAAGAAGAAGUGAGGAUAACAAUGAAGGCAAAGACAUGACCUCCACAGAGAAGAAAGAAAAACCUGCUAAGCCUCCUGCAGUUCCUGCUCGACCAUCAGAAGAGGCUGCAUCGGAUGAUGUAGGGGUGAAUGCAGAUGAGGAAUCUGCAUCCAAGGAGGAAAAGAAUGAAGAAGAGGUCAAGGAAAAAAUGGAGACCAAAGUCAAGAUAAAAAAGAAGCACAACCCGUUCAUGCCUGAUGUAAAGGCCAAAUUGAUACAGAGACGUGCACAAGAAACAGCCCAAGCAGAGAGUGAAGGUGCAAACAGGUCUGUGUUUGACCAGCUAGAGGACUACCGUAUUGGCACUGCCUCAGCUGAAGAUAGUAAUGAUGUGGUUCUUAUGGAAUGGUGGGAAACUGUGGAGCAAUGGAAAGACCCACCUCAACAUAAAGACAUGACAGAAAAAGAAGAGGCCAAGGCGUUUGCUUUGACCGCUGACAAGCUGCAGAAGGGCAUCAGAGUCUUCAACAAACUGUUCACUGAGCGGGCAGAGAGCCUCUGGCAGCAUGUCAUCGACCUCAACGCCAUCGCCGAUGGGCUCGACAAGUUCAGCAAGAACACGAAGAUCGCUCAAAUCACAGGCGGCUCCACCAGCGCCAUUGGGGGCGUCGCCACUGUUGCUGGCCUUGCUCUGGCUCCCUUCACCAUGGGAACUUCCUUGAUUGUGACUGCAGUGGGACUGGGCAUUGCCGCGGCAGGCGGUCUGACAUCAGCAGGUGCCGGCAUCUCCAACCAGGUCAACAACACCAUGGACCGCAAGAAGGUGGAGAAGAUCGUGCAGGACUACCAGGAGAAGAUGGAAGACCUGAACAAGUGCCUGACGUUCAUCAAACAGGGUAUUGAGAACCUGCGCAGAUUUGACCUGAUCAAGAUGAAGAAUAGUGCAUACAAUCAGGACUUCCCUGCACUUACUAGGAGAUUCUAUGAAGAUGGCGCCAUGGCAGGAAAGGCGAUCCUCGUCAAUGCCAAUGAGAUCAUGCGUUUUGUCCAGUUUGCCCAUGUAGCAGGUAGCACCGCAGCCAGAGCAGUCCAGAUUGCUAGUAUGGCAACUGGUGUGCUUACUGGACUCUUUGUAGUUAUGGAUAUCUACUUUGUGUCCAAAGACUCCAAAGAACUCAAGAAAGGGGCAAAAUCAGAGUUUGCUGCCAAAAUCAGGGAGGUGGCGCAACAGCUGCACGACGGUCUGGUGGAGCUGAACUCAAUACACCGAGAGCUGCAGUUCAACUCGCCAGAAAAUAAUGCAGAGAAGACCACCAAAGAUCUGGACAGUAAGAAAAGAGAGAAAGACAACAAAGAAAAGAAAGAGAAGGGUGGAAAAGAUUUGAACAGUGAAAAGAAGGACAAUGACAGCUCAGAUAAAGAUGAAAUCGACCGCAUUAAAAAAGCCAUCAAAAAGGACCUUGAGAACAGAGAAUAUGUUUGACACAUAACUAGGAAGUACUUUCAGCUUUGCUUCCUUGUUAAGGGUUAAAGGAAAACUCAGUCCAAUUCCCAAAAGACAAACAAAUGUUUUGUAUUUUACUAUCUAUGAGGUGGUUGUGCCAGAUUUUUAAAGUAAAACUGCAAUCAGGCGUAUUUUAAUUGUCCAAAAGGAGCCCUUAAAGGUUAAAAUGUUAAGUUAAAUAUCUAAACCUGAAAUAAAGGAUCCGACUUCUUUAAAGAUGCAUUUGCCUUGAUGAUAUUGGUGUUUCAGAUAACAUCAAGAAUGGCUUAUUAGUUUUGUAUAUUUUAAUGAAAAGAGCUAAUUUAAAAAAAGGUAACUGGAUUUUGUACUGCUGCAGCAGCUGUUUGGAAACCCUAGUUUGGACUUUGCUUAAGUUUAUAGCUUGUUUCAAUCUAGUGAGUCAUUCCAUAAAAACUGGCUGCCCCAUUUACCUUCAGGAAUGACUUAGCUGCUCGCAGUGUUUUAAAACAGUCGAACCUCUGUAGACCUAGAAGCUACUGAGCGUGUGCACAGGGACUUACAAUCUAUAACAUUAUUUCCAAAGCGAACAAUUUGUGGUGGUUGUUGUUGUGGUGAUAUGUUAACUGCCUGUCCUUUUGUAAAUGUGUUGCAGUUACCGUAUUUUUCGGACUAUAAGGCGCACUUAAAAUCCUUUAAUUUUCUCAAAAA